UGUAUUUAUAUGGAAAUGCGUCGAAUUCUUCGCAUUUCUAGUUAAGAUAAUGAAGAGGCUGUUUGUCAUUGGUCUGUGUCUUGCUGUGGUCUUGGCAGCGCCUACGCCAGACGACGAUGACCAUCACGACUUAGAUGAUAAUAGACCACAGCAACCACGCGCUCAAAGAAGGCUCCAGCAACAUCACCAGAUUGAUGACGAUGAUGAUGAUGAUGACCUGCAACAGCAUCACAGAAGAUGGCUUCAAAAUCAUCAACAUCAGAUAGAUAACGAUGAUGAUGAUGACGAUGACCAAAGGCGGCAACAGCAACAGCAAAUAAGGAGAAGAUUGCAAGAACUUAGCCUAAAGUUUAUCGACGACCGCGAUGAUGAUAACCGACUGAGAGCUGACGUAAACAGACAUAACCUCCGUCCAGACGAUGAUCGUAAUGAUGAACAACUAAGAAAAACUGACGACAAUUCAAACCUCGAUGUUCUAGCGAAGGAGUUAGACAACUUAGCAGCGAAAUAUAAUGGGCGCGGCGUAUUGAAAGUCGGUUACAACCCGCCAUUAGUAAGAAAUGUAAUAAAAAAAUUCAAAGAGUUUAAUGAGUCUAUGAUAGACAAUCAAUUAAAACACUAUGUUUUACAGAGCCCCGGUGCGCGCGCACACAAUUUGGGAAGUAUUGACUUCAAAUACUUCACUCCAAGUGAAGUUGCCAGUAGAGUGCACCAUCAUAAAGACCUGGUGCCCGUGCCUUCAAUCAAAGCAAAUAAUGGCUAUGUGCUAUUGAGGGGACUAGAUCGACAGGAUCUCCGUGCUCGUGAUGAUGAUGACGACGAUGACGAUGACCAGUUGUGAUGUAAACCUUUUGUACUUAAAAAAAUGGACAUUGGACUCGCCGCUUAACUUAAGAUAGCGUUUUAUUGGAGCAUAUGCAAAAAUAAAUUAACUGCAGUUGAAACUA